AUGUUCCUGCUCUUCCAGGGUACAAUUCGACCCGUCACGUCUCCAUCCCGUUAUCUUCGGCAUGCUCUAUUCACCUGUUUUGCAGCCACCACAUCUACGAUGAGCUGGCAUCAGCCUGGUUUGGAUGUUAGCUCCGCACCACAUCAUCCAGCUCCACCCCAUGGACUCCUCUCAGCUGGUUACAUGACUGGCUUCGAUCCCAAUGCCUCCGGUGUGGAGACUGACAAUCCACUGAUUACAGAGCAAAGGGCGCAGUUAACCGGCCGGGAACUCCAACAACUCCUAAGUGUUGCACAUCAAAGUUUGGAUGAAGCCCAGGAACGUAAACAGUCUCUCAACAACCACCGUCUCAAACCAGCCCUAUAUAGCGUCUUCUGUGAAAUAAAGGAGAAAACAGCCUUGAGUCUUCGCAAUUCCGCCGCGUCAGCCGUUGAAGAUGAAGCCAACUCCCCAGAUCCACAGCUUCUACGGCUUGAUAAAAUGCUUGUGGCUGAAGGGGUGACAGGUCCAGGCGCUGGACUGGCAAACGACCUUGGCGAUUCAUCCGGCGAUCUCGCAGCUCAUGGUGGUUUAGGUGGUGGCGGUGGAAUAGGUGACUGCAAUCAGAUUGAACACGCUGAUUACCGGGCAAAGUUGGCACAAAUCCGACAGAUUUAUCACGCUGAACUAGAGAAGUACAAAAGCGCAUGCGACGAGUUUACCGGACACGUCAUCAAUUUGUUACGUGAACAGAGUCGCAGCCGUCCGAUCAGCCCUGCAGAAAUUGAACUGAUGGUCGGGAUUAUCCGGCGUAAAUUUCGGGCAAUCGAAACGCAACUGAAACAGAGCACUUGUGAGGCGGUCAUGAUACUACGUUCGCGGUUCCUCGAUGCACGGCGAAAACGUCGCAACUUCAGCAAAGAGGCCACGGAAGUGCUCAAUGAAUACUUCUACUCCCACUUGGCUAACCCCUAUCCGUCUGAAGAGGCCAAGGAGGAAUUGGCCAAGAAAUGCGGCAUCACUGUUUCCCAGGUUUCCAACUGGUUCGGUAACAAACGUAUUCGGUACAAGAAGAACAUUGUCAAGGCACAGGAAGAGGCCAACAUGUACGCUGCCGCCACGGCAGCUGCUGCGGCCGCUGCCAGUUCGGUGAAUUCAGGUCCAGGUGGUCCAACUUCCGGAGAUGAUCAUUCCGUUGGCUAUGGACAUUCUGGGUACGACUAUGAUGAUUCGAUGGGCCUCCCGCGAGGUGUUCCUCAACUCUCUUGCACAACUGAUCACGACGCUUGGGUAACGGGUGGCAUAACCCCCGGUUCUCUGGACGAACCAGACCGCAAAAGGAACAAAUUAUGAGCCGCAUCGUGUUUUGAUUUUUCUCUGUUUUCCCUGACCGUCUAUGGGGGUAACUUCUGACGCUGACUUUUUCGGCUGUUGCCACUUCACUAUUAGGUGUCAUUUUUGUUCGUGGUUUUUUCUAACUUAUCCUAUGCGUGUUUCCGAUCAGCCAUGACGUUCUCAAAUGCCUCUUCACCACUUUUAUAUCGGAAAAUCUUUCUCCGUACUUCUCGUAUUUUUCUCUGACUUUGUCUCACACUGUUGCCCACACCCCGCGCACCUCGUAAACUUGCGUCUUUAUGGUGCUUGUCGCUUGGUGCGAUUCGCAUUUCAGCAAUCUCUCAUUGCCACGCAACGCAGCUGUUUUUGUUAUCAGCUUCGCCCCACGCGCUUGCGUUACUCAUAUCGAUUCGAUGAUUUUGUCUUAUCCCAUCGUAUGUCUUUUUAUCUCCGUUUCAUGGCUUAUCACAUCGGUCUUAACCUCCCACACACACACACACAUUGUAAUUUCCCACAGCUAGUAAAGCACAGUUAACUCACACG